UUAAUAAAUCACAACAUUCCAAUACUGAAUCAACUUUUCUGCACAACAUAUUGUCAGCACAGCCAGCAACACUAACUUCAGCCAGUGAUUGGACCCUCCAGCCACGCACUGCAAGAAAAAUCAAACCCAAAACAAAAAUAAUAAUAUUAAUAAGGAGAGCUGAUCCGUUAUUGGUUGAAGCCUGCUUCAAAUCAUGAUCAUAUCUGCAGAUUCUCAAUCCAACUCUUCCUUCUCUCUCCCUCUAACUCUAUUUUCCUUCCGCAAGAUAAAGACGUAGCGAAAUAUAAAAAAAGGAAUAAGAUAAACGAAGAAUAGGAAGGGUAGAUAAGCUUUAGGAGCCACAACAAUGCUGAGCAUUGAUCAAGUCAAUCCAUCAUCCCUCACUUCCAUCACUAAGAAGCAGUACCCUCUUUCCGCCGCCAUGAAAAGGACAAGCGACUGGAUUUUUGCGCAGGAUUUGCCCUGCGACAUUACUGUCCAGGCAGGAGGUGCAGCUUUCUCCUUGCAUAAGUUUCCUUUGCUAUCUAAAUGCGGAUAUAUAAAGAAGCUUUUGUCUGAAACCAACGAGACUAAACAACACUCCAUUGAGAUACCCGACAUUCCUGGUGGUUCAGAGGCCUUCGAGCUCGCCGUCAAGUUCUGUUAUGGAAUAAACUUUGAAAUUAACACUGAAAAUGUGGCCAUGCUUCGAUGCGCAUCUGAGUUCCUCGAGAUGACCGAAGAAGUCUCAGUUGGAAAUCUGUUGAGCAGAACAGAAGCUUACUUUGAAGAAGUUGUGCUGAUUAGCCUCUCAGGUUCGGUCACAGUGCUUCACAAAUCUGAGGAGCUUCUUCCCAUGGCUGAGAAAGUGAAGUUAGUGAGCAGAUGCAUUGAUGCAAUUGCGUAUUUGGCUUGCAGUAACAGUCAGUUUUCCACGUCUUCAAAGGCUGAUAGCAGCCAUGAAAGCUUGAGUUCUUCAACUUCUCAGACGAGAGCUAUAAUGGAUUGGUGGGCGGAGGAGCUAAUUGUUCUCAGGAUUGAUACCUUUCAGAGGGUUCUAAUGGCGUUGAAGUCCAGGGGAUUCAAACAGCACGCUCUUGGACCAGUUAUCAUGCUAUACGCUCAAAAUUCUCUUCGUGGUUUGGAUAUUUUUGGGGGAGGAAGAAAGAAGAUUGAGCCGAAACAAGAACAUGAAAAGAGGGUGGUACUGGAAACAAUAGUGGGUCUGUUACCAACAGAGAAGAACACAAUAUCUGUCAGCUUUCUCUCAAUGCUCUUAAGAGCUGCUAUAUAUCUCGAAACAACAGUCGCCUGCAGGCUCGAUCUGGAGAAGAAGAUAAGCCUGCAACUAGCGCAUGCAGCUCUUGACGAUCUUCUGAUACCUUCCUUUUCCUUUGAUGGAGAUAUCUUGUUUGAUGUUGACACAAUCCAGAGAAUCUUCAUGAACUACCUUCAAAAUGAGAAUGAAUUGAGUCAAUUGGGAUAUAACGCUGAUGAAGACUACUUAUCUCCGCCUCAUGGAGAUAUUGAGAGGGUGGGAAGGCUUAUGGAAAGCUAUUUAGCUGAAAUUGCUUCAGAUCCAAACCUUGGAAUUGCUAAAUUUGCGAGCUUUGCUGAGUUGAUUCCAGAACAAGCGAAGGCGAACGAGGAUGAUAUGUACAGAGCCAUAGAUAUUUACUUGAAGGCUCAUCAAUCACUAACUGAAGCAGAGAGGAAGAAGAUCUGCAGCAUGAUGGACAGUCAGAGACUAUCAAGGGAGGCCUGCGCUCACGCAGCUCAGAACGACAGGCUUCCUGUUCAAACAGUCGUUCAGGUUCUCUUCUAUGAACAGCAGCGCAUCAGAGAUUCUACUCCUCCAAACUUCAUCGGAGGAGGAGAUUCUCCAGUUCCAUUACACAAAUCAGGUUACCUCAGCGAUCACCAUGAUUCUACUCAUGAGCUCUCACGCCUGAAGAGUGAAAACGAUAGUCUUAAACUCGAACUGGUAAGGAUGAGGAUGCAGAUGAAGGAGAAUGGAAAACCUGCUCCUGCAACAAAGAUGGCUUCUGCUGAUAAACCACCGUUGCCUAAGAAAUCAUUCAUGAGUUCUGUAUCGAAAAAACUCAGCCAGCUUUAUACCUUUGUUCGAUCAGAAACUUUGAAGGAGCAGGGUGAGAAAACAAGGAUGAAACCACAGAAAAAUCGGAGAUAUUCGAUCUCUUAGAAUUACUGCUUUGUUCAAAUGAAGAAAAUUUUAAGCAUGUUGGUAGUUAGCGUUGUCUGCAUUUAGCUAUGUUUAGAAGGAGAUGUAUUUAUUUUCCAACUUAUUUAUGUAAAUAUUAUGUGAGGUUUGAUUAAGGUUCAGCUUCCUCUAGAUCUGUUUCUAGUAGAUUUAAUCUAUAUUUAGCUUGGUUGUCUCCUUUGUAAAUAAAGAUGGUUGUAUUGAGUUAAACUAUAUUGGAAUGUUUCCAAAGUCCAAAGUGAACUUGAUUCACUCACAGCUCUCA